AUGGUCAACGGUCACACCACUGACGCGGCUGUCGCCGAGGUUGACGGCAUCCAGGGCAAGCUCAUGUGGUCGCCCAAAGAUGUUGCGUCCACCGCGAUGGAUCGCUUCCGUCAAACGGUUAACGCUCGGUUCUCCCUCGACCUACGCACUUACGACCAGCUGUGGCAAUGGUCUUGCACGCACCUCAACGACUUUUGGACCACAGUAUGGGACGAAACUGCGGUCAUCUCGUCCGUCGGCGCUCCUCUGGCUAUCGGCGACAAUGCUCCCAUAUAUCCUCCUCCGCGCUGGUUCCAAGGAGCGCGUCUCAACUUUGCCGAAAACCUUCUUCGACACGGUACACGCUCUUCCGCCAAUCGAGACGAUGUUGCCGUGAUCCAAAGCACCGAAGUCGACACGACCACGGGAGAGCUCGAUGAAUCCUCCAUCAGCUACGCUCAGCUGUAUAGCAUGGUAGCUCAGGCAGCAGCAGCGCUGCGAAGCCGAGGCAUCCAGAAAAACGACUGCGUCGCGAGCUACUCUGCUAACAACACGCAGAAUUUGAUCGCAUUCCUGGCAGCAAGCUCAAUCGGUGCGGUGUGGACGAGUGCCGCUGCGGAUUUUGGUCCCGAAGGCGUCUUGGAGCGGCUGAGAACGGUGCGGCCGAAAGUGCUGAUCAGCGUCAAUGCUGUCAGAUACAAUGGCAAGGUUCAUGAUCAUUUGGCCAAGUUGCGCAGUGUGGUGGAGGGGUUGGAGCACGAUCGAGACGAGCAAGAACAGAGGUUGGAAGGCGUCGUGGUGAUUCCGCAUGUCAAGACUCAUCCCGUGCUAGAGCCACACGCAGGCGACGCAGCUCGAUGGACAAGUUGGGAUCACUUUGUCGCCGAAGGCGCAUCUGCGGUCGAUCAGCCGAUCGCCUUCGAACAGCUCGACUUUAACCACCCGCUCUGGAUUCUUUUCUCGUCCGGAACCACUGGUAAACCGAAAGCCAUCACGCAUCGCGCUGGAGGAAUGCUUCUGCAGCUCUCCAAGGAACACAUUAUUCACGGUGGACUGACUCGGAGCGAUGUGUUUUUCCAGCACACUACGACGGGUUGGAUGAUGUGGAAUUUCCUGGUGGCCGGUCUGGUCACUGGCUGCACUAUCGUGUUGUACGAUGGAAGCCCUCUGAAGCCUGUCUCGGUGCUCUGGGAGUUGGCCGAGAAACAUGGCGUGACGACGUUCGGUACGAGUGCUGCGUACCUUGGUGCUCUGGAGAAGAGCGGAUACGAGGUGGGUGCGAACCAUGCCGAGCUUUGCGUGCGCCAGAUCUUGAGUACCGGUUCGCCACUGCGUGCGGAGCUCUACGCUUUCAUCCAUCAGCGGAUCGGCAGCGACAUCUUGAUCGGCUCCAUCACGGGUGGAACGGAUCUAUGCUCGUUGUUCGCAGGCCACAAUACGGCGCUUCCUGUGUAUGCGGGUGAGAUUCAAGCGAGAAACCUGGGCAUGAACAUUGGCGUCUACGACUCGGAUGCACGUCAAGAGAUCACUUGUGCCAACAUGGUCGGUGACAUGAUAUGCAAGUCGCCGUUCCCAGCUCAACCGUUGGGAUUCUGGAAGCAACCCGAGAGCAAGUACUUUGACUCGUACUAUUCGCAGGUUUCCGGAGUGUGGUAUCAUGGCGAUUUUAUCAUGUUGAGCGAGCACGGUGGCGUAGUGAUGCUGGGUAGAAGCGAUGGCAUCCUGAAUCCCGGCGGAAUCCGAUUCGGCAGCAGCGAAAUCUACGAACUCCUCGAAAGCCCCGACAACGCAUUUGCAUCUUGGAUCACAGACUCGCUCGUGGUGGCGUUGAAAACCCCGCGGGCGGACGACGAAGUCGUAUGUCUCUUUGUCGUUCUCGAUCCCGCCGUCAGAAUCGACGUGCAACAACUCGAGCAUUCACUCGUCUCACUCAUCCGAACUAAACGAAGCCCAAGACACGUCCCGAAAUUCAUCAAGAUCGUCUCGGAUAUCCCGAAAACCCUGAAUGGCAAAAAGGUCGAAGUCCCCGUCAAAAAAAUCAUCAACGGCGCCCCAUUGGACACCAUCAAUAGCGCCACGCUGAUCAACCCGGAGAGCUUGCACCAAUUUGUCGCGCUAGGCGAACAGCUCAGGUCUCAACUCGCCUCUUGA